AUGUUCGCCUCCGACUCUUUUCUGCCAUCGGCCUUUACCGACCACGAUCCCAAUAUGCCGCCCUCUGCCGUCAUCUCUCCGCUGUCACUCAAUCGAAUGGCGAGCUCCUGUUAUUUCGACAAUAGAUCGACGACGACGACGACGAGCGCCACGGGCAACUCCAUUUACUCUCCCCAAUCAUCCGGCGCUGUGCGCUAUCCGCCGCAAACGCAAAGCCUUCUUUCACCCCAUUUACACCCCAACGGCGUCAACGGCACAAACGGCUACAGAGAGACGAUUUCGAACGACCAAGUACCACGAGUCGUCUCGCCGAGUCAUUUCGAACAAUUGAACGGCCACAACCCCUCUGCGUUUUCGUCGACGGCCAGAGUCUCCCCAAACGGAAUGCCUCACCCACGAUCAGUAUCUGCCGAUGCAGCCUCGGCUCCUCCGUCAGCACAGAUAAUUAGACGCCUCGCUCAGCAGAAUGCGCGGAUUCGGGAGGCCUGGGAAGCCGAGCGCAAGUACAUGGAAGCCAACCGCGAACGUGUCGAGGAAGUGUACAAGGAGGAGCGGAUGAUUAUGGAAGACGAACGUCUUGCAUGGGAAGCCGAAAAGAACGACCUGACGGAGCAGAUCCGCCGCCUCAAAGAGCAAGUUGCAGCGAUCGACAAUGACAAGAUUCGGCUGCAAGGUGCGUUGCAAAGAGCCGAGCUAGAGAAGGCGGGCAAAGUCGCCGGCGUCACUGUUGCAAUUCCAGGAACAGGAACGCGAGGUGGGGCCGACGGCUCCACUGAACUUUCUUUCCCAGGAUUCUCCUCGCAACCCAAUGACGCGCGGUUCGGCCUCUCGAACGGCACUGCACAGCGGAGGCCGACUAAUGGCUCUUCCUCAGCCUCCGUCUCGCCAGCCCAGAUCCGAUCUCACUUUAUUAGUCCUGGUAGUUCCCGGAUUUCUCCUUCCAGGCAACCAGAGUCUUCGCCAUUCAUCCCACUCAACCCCAACAUGCAGCCCACUACCGCAGAUCCCGUCGACUUCCUCGGCUCUCCCAAGGACGAGGAGCCUGUCCCCAUUGUCGACAUUCAAAUUAUCAACCCUCAGCUUGAGGGCGUCCCCCUCAAGGCACCCGCUAUUCAAAAGAGCACAUUCAUCGACUCCGGCAUGACUCCGGAAAACUCAAAGAACUCCUCCAGAGCCGUCUCUCCGCCUGGAGAGUCCGGCAAGUCUAGGCGAAGCCCUACUCAGGAACACACCCUCGAGGUGCUCGCCGCUCCCGAGCCUGCUAGGCUCGUCAUGCACGCUGGCCACACGCCCAGCCAUUCCCUCUCCGUUCUGGGAACAGCUCCUGGCACAGAAGUUCCGACAGUCGCUGACGGUAGUGGAGGCUCUACACCGACUUUGGCACCGACAGACAUGAGCUCGAACCCGGCAACGCUGUAUGAUGUCAGGGCUAGAGCAGACUCAUCCGAUCUUCAGGAUGACGCUUAUCGCGGUACCGAUGAGCCCCUCCCCACGUUGGAGGCGGCAGACGACGUUGCCCUGAAGGGCCCCUUGAUGGUUCGCAACAUCCCUGCUCAUGACGAAAUCUUCUUCAAGCGUUUGUCCGAAAAACUUGAAGACGUGAGCAGCGGCGCCGACGCCGUUCCCACUUGCAUGAAGGCGCCAACUCCGGAACUCGUCGGAGAGCCUUUGGAGGCGAAAGAGAAUCUCUACGUAGCGAAGGCGGACACAGAUGCCGCCAGCGACAAGGGUUCGACCAGCGACAGAGCUUCUUCCUCGGAUAGAGACGACGUCUCCGAGUCGCAGAGCAAGCUCGAGGAAAUUGACAUUCCCCUCAAGCUCAAGCAGAGCACCAACUUUGGAGCUCCGUUGGGCGCUAUGUUCUAA